GGUAAACAAAUAUUUGCCGACGUGCCAAUUAUGAUUGGUUUGAUAGUUGUUUUAAGCGGAAGUCGUCGAUCGGUUGGUCUUUUUGAGAUUAAGAGGUCCGAGUAAUUAAAAUAUGUUCUGUAUUUAAUAUUUGAUUUUUAUUUUGCUAUUCCCUGUUUCAAUACUUUCCAUUUGUUUAAUUUAUUAAUCAUAAUUUAAUAGGAAGUUCCGGAAUUCCUCAACAGAAAUACUUCAUUCGUACCCGGUUUCCUAGCGUCUCCAUUGUGAAUAGUUUUGACAUUCGAAUUGAACAUAUGUUUGUGCUGAAAUAGAAAUGUCAACAAUUCAGUUCCCAAAACAACCUCUAAUAUUCAAAGGUGAGUAUAUUGCGUGCUUAGAAACAAAUAAAGUGAUCAGCUUCACUGCGUUGUGAAAAUGGAUCCCUGGAUUUUUCUUGGCGUAAUUGUGGCGUUGUACUGCGCGUGUUUUUUCAUUGAUCGACUCUUCAAGAGUUGUAUGCACUAUCCAUACGAUGCAUUUCUGAAAAAUACAGGGCUGACGGUGCAAUUUUUGCGCCUGCGUUGGCAUACUACCGCAUUUAAUCGUGCCAUGCUGCGUUGGGGCAACAAUAGCGGUUGGAUGCGUCUAUGGCUCACGCGUAGUUACACUGUCGGCGUUUUGGUGUCUUUAUCGUUGUUACCAAUCGGUAUAAUUUUACUAUUUAUAACUAUAUUUAAUGGCGAAAGUAGUAGCACAGCACAAGCCGCUACACGGAGUGGACCAAGUGCGGAAAGCGGUGUACUACAGAAUGCACCAAAAGUGGAAAUUUUAUUGCCUGGUGUUAAUUUACCACUCGAGGAAGUCGGCUACUACGCAUUAACUUUACUUUUAUGCACAAUAGUGCACGAAUUCGGACACGCAUUGGCGGCGGUGCAAGAAGAUAUACCGGUGAUUGGAUUCGGUUUUCAACUUUAUUUAUGUCUACCGUUCGCAUACACCGAAAUCUCCACGGAACACCUAAAUGCACUCAAAUGGUUCAAAAAGUUGCGCAUUAUCUGCGCGGGCAUUUGGCAUAACUUUUUAUUUGCCCUCUUCUGCUACUUACUGCUCUCCACGUUGGGUUAUGUAGCCGCGCCGUUUUACACAAUAGAUCAUGGCGUUGUGGUCACCGAAAUGACACGUAAUUCACCGUUGCUUGGCACAGCUGGUAAAGGACUUAUGACUGGUGACAUUGUUACACAAAUUAACGACUGCAAAGUGAACACAGAGUCGGAUUGGUAUCACUGUCUGCGACGUUCAAUACAAGGACCACAUCUAGGUUACUGUGUUUCCCAUGACUUUAUACGAUACAACGAUGAGAGCAUCGAAAUCUCACAUCACAGCGCCGAUGGCAUGCUACAGUGUUGUGAUGAACGCAACGAAAAGCUUUGCUGUUUCGAGUCUGUGACUGAAGGCCUUAAUAGCUUGGAAACGGCGGGCAUUACAGAUACCGCAGAACAUGCACAAAUACCACAACAUGUUUGUCUAGAUGUGCGCCGUACAAUAGAAGACUCACAUGGGUACUGUAGCGGUGGCGUUAGCAAAGGCGGCAAAUCGCGUAAGGACAGCUUCUGUCAAAGUGGCUUCUGCUUGCGUCCUUUACUACGCAACACAACAACGAUUUUGACAUUCAAACGUACAACUGGCAGCGCCAGUAGUCAACCAACGAAAUUGCGCGAUGUGAUCUACAUUGGGCAUCCAGCUGACGUUUCGAGUACUGUGCGUAUAUCACCUUUUGUGCCGCGUCAGUCUUACGUGUCACCCCAGUGGGGUGAUACUUACGCUCUCUUCCUCAAAUAUAAUGUGAUUUUCAGCUUUGGUCAGGCGUUACUAAACGCCAUACCAUGCUUUGGUCUGGACGGCUAUCACAUCACCAGCACUAUUGUGCACAGUUUUCUAGUGCUGCGCGUCACGGAACGCCCAAAACGUGAUUUUAUAGCAUUGCUAGUCGCUGGCAUAGGCACAAUUCUCUUUGGCUCGGCGCUAUUGAAAGUGCUCUGGAUGAGUGUGAUACGUUUUAUAUACUAGUCCGUUGUAUGGUGCUACUUUCUGCUGAAUUUCUCAACUUAUUAGUAACUACGACUAUUUAUUAUAAUUUUUUUUUAAUACAUAUUUGAAUUGCCUAGAGUAGGACACGCGCAAUGCAUGCUUAAUGAUAAACAACAACAACAUUAAUUUAUAGUUUUUCUACCAAAUACUUGAUGCUGUAGUAUUUAAAGAAUUUACUGUAAUUAAACAAUUAGAAACGACGUAGACGCUGAUUCGAUUCGAAUUGCAUGCAUUAUAUCGAGUUAACAUUUUCUAAUAAUGUAGAUACGUAAACGUAACGUAUUUUCACAUAAAAAAAACGUAACAAGUUAGACUAAAGUUUGUGGUUGAACGAAUAAACCACAAAAUACGGAACUGCUGAAUUACCAAAUAAUAUGCACAAACUGGCAAAUAA